AUGAACAUCGAGGUCGGGAACGUUUCCUGUACGGGAGCCAUCAUCUCCUGGUCGUCCUCAGAGCCGUGCCUGGAGGACUACUACCAUGUCAUGUACAGGCCCAACUGGAACAGCAUCUUCUCUGGCUAUCUUCGCUACAGCUUCCACCAUGAGGAGAAGGUGCCUCGAACCAUCAGCUCCGUGGUGCUGGAGCACCUGGCCCCUUCCACUCUGUACUUCCUGUGCAUCAGCUGUAAGAAGGCCACCUUCCCCUACAGGCAUUACUGCACCAUGUUCCACACCCUGGAGAAGAGUCCGCUGGCUGCUGGAAGCUCGCUGGUGGACCCCCAGAUUUCCCUCUGGGUGCUGAUGUCCAUUCUGCUGGCUUGCUUCACGGCUGUCUUGGCCUUCAUCUGCCUCCAGUUCUGGUGCAUCCGUUGCCAUGAGCCUCGAUGGUCUUACAGAGCUGGCCACAUGGAGGAAGCCAAUGGUUUGGUGAGAUGGCCGGAGGAAGCACCAGCUCUUGGUCAGAGGGAAGACGACCUUCAGGGGCUCCCCCUGGUGGAACUGCCACGCAAGAAUUCUGGCGCUGGAGCGGACCCGGAAGCUGCAGCCAAUCAAGAUGGCCCCUUGGAUGGGGGAGACUUACGGGGGGAGGGUGGUGAUCAACACGCAGUACCGCCUGGCUGCGGGGAGUGA